AUGUGCGAUCCUUUUUCUGCGGAUUUCGACCCAGUGCUGGCAUUACAAUAUUCACCAGACAGCGGUGGUGAGGUUUUUCACGGGAAUUUGGACGACUUCGAGCGGGCAUUUGUCGAAGAACAGUCAGUAGUCGCCAGGCUUAUGUGUGAACUCGACGGAUCAUUGGGGCGAAAGAGCAAAAAACGAAUGAAACGGGACCGUGUUGCUCGUUUGGAAGAGAUGACAGUAAACGGUCGCAAAUUGUUUGAAAGAAGCAUAAAACCAUCGAAGAGAACAACCCAUGUACGAGAAGCAAACGAACAUUAUCUAAUUUCAUCAAACACAGAGGCUGAAAUGUCGUGGUUUGGAUUCGGUUUUGCUUCCGAUGGGUAUCCAUGGUUCAACAAGCCGAGCACAAUACACAACCAGUCGUUUGCUGAUCAAAUGUCGUCGCCUUAUCAGGCAAAAGAUCGUCGGAGAGUGGAGGUGAACAAUCGCUCAUUAAAUCGAGUGGAUCACAUUGACCCUGGAGAGGUACUAGUUCCCGAUCGCCACAUGAGUAUUGUUCUUCGGGACGUAGAUAAUGCUGCUUUGCACGGACGCGGUUCCGAGCGCCUUCUCGAUCGUCGAAAACCUGAACAAGAUGAUCUUCUUGUACGGUCACAUUUGAUCCUUUCUCGUCGUUCAGUAGUUGAGAGUCGCCUUCAAUCAACUAGCACUCCAAGAUAG